AUGUGUCUCGCCUGCAAACCGUUUAGAUGUUAAACACUGCAAAAACAAGUGCGUUCAAUGCGAAUAGGCUAAGAAUAUGCUUCGGUAGCCCAUAUGAAAUCGUUGUCUGGUGCGCAACAGUAGCCUACUAGCAAGGCGUAUACAAUUUACGGAGCCAAAUAAACGGCUCUUAUGCAAAUGCGAUUUGGUUCUUUACGUUCACCAAAAAGAGCUGUUCGUUGGUUAACUCACCAUCACUCAAACCUUAGGGCUGACACGAGUUAGAAGUUAUACCCGCGCGGUCAGUUGGCCUGCCAAGGGGUCUUUCAGUACUCCUUUAGUUCAUGUUUUUAGUCUCUUCAACAUCAUAAUGUCUCUAUCGGAUUCCCCUCGGGUUUUCUCUAAGAAAGAGGUAGCCCGUCAUUGCACUAAAGACUCAUGUUGGGUGCUAUUGGGAACGAGAGUUUAUGAUGUGACUGGAUUCCUUCGAAUGCACCCGGGUGGAGAGGCUCUGAUAUUGCGCAGGGCAGGGAAUGAUAUCAGCCCGGAGUUGGAGGGACCCCCGCACCGACACUCGGAGAACGCACGGCGGUGGAUGGAACAGUACUACAUAGGAGAGCAGGACAAAGACUGUGAUGCGGACGAAACACAGGUAAAGCCUACUGCAAGGAAGAGGAGGAAGUCUAAGGAGCGCACAGAGGACGAGGAGCCUUCACCACUCAGCAAAUGCAGUCAAGUGAACCUGGACACGGACCUGGUGGACUGGAGGAAGCCCCUGGCCUGGCAGGUGGGCCACCUGGGAGAGAAAUACGACACCUGGGUACACCAACCCGUGGACCGGCCAAUUCGUCUGUUUGGGAAUUAUUUUCUAGAGGCCAGCACCAAGACAUCCUGGUACAUGGUCCCUGUUGUGUGGAUUCCAUUGGUUAUCUACCUCAGCUGGUACAGUUACACUACCUUGGGACAGGAGACAACCAGACUGUUCGCCAACACAGACUACUCCAUCUUGGUGCACAAGUACAGCUUCCCCUUCAUCUUCUUGAUGGGUAUGAUCAUGUGGACCUUCCUUGAGUAUUGCAUCCACCGCUUCGUCUUCCACAUGCGCCCGCCCGCCCACAACUAUUACCUCAUCACUAUUCACUUCCUGCUGCAUGGACAACAUCAUAAGUCACCCUAUGAUGGCUCCCGUCUGGUCUUUCCCCCUGGCCUGGCCUCAGUGGCGAUAGGAGGCUUGUACCUCCUGCUGACCAAGAUCUUCCCGGAGACCCUGGGGGUGUCCCUUUUUGUGGGGGGGCUGUUUGGGUACGUGGUGUACGACAUGAUCCACUACUACCUUCACUACGGCUCCCCCAAGAGAAAUUCCUACCUGUACAGCCUCAAGGCAUACCACGUCAAGCACCAUUUUGAACACCAAAGAGCAGGUUUUGGAAUCACCACCACACUGUGGGACCGUCCGUUCAACACACUGAUCCCCGAACAGACCUUCUAGAAGACCCAAAUCACUCUCUCCCAACCCCCAUCUCACAUACAUCUGGCAUCCAACUGGUUUAGUGUCACCAUAUUGGUUGGAUGGGCAUUUUCCUCAGGAUGUGGUUGUGAAUGUGUUUCGGGACUGAUGUCUGAUUGAACCCUCUACUCAGUGCGUCCUCAGUGUUGCACUGUUGAAUAUUUGAUCUAAAUUGCACUACUUUGGCUUGAAACUGUAAUAAUAUAUAAUAUUGAUGUUGACAGAUUGACUUUGGAUGCUGGAUAACUUUAGCUAGCAAGCUAAGACUAAGAGAUGUUUACAGAGUCUGACCUAGAUGUCAUUUUUACUGUUAGUUAUUUCUGACUGACUGUAUUAGCUAAUGACAUUAUUGCCAUCUGUCUAGGGUUAAUGGAGAAACGAUGAUAACGGCAAAGUUGUUUUCUAAUAAAUAUUUGACUACUUUGGCAAUGUCAUCAUAUUCCUAAGCCCCUGUAGUGUAAUUUAGAGGAAACAGUCAUUAGCUCCUGUUUUACUAUGUGACUGACUGACUAUCAGGGAUGCAACCCAUGAAUACCAUGUGACCCCAGCAUAUCCAGCUGUCUGGCCCUUUGCUUUGCUGAUACAGUGCUUUUCUCCUCUUCGAACAAAAACACAUUUCUCUAAGGUUCUAAGUCCUAGGCAAAGUAGGAAGGUGUCUUUUCAGAGCUUCAGAGAUGCAGAGUCAGACAUUGGGUUUAUUUUCUUUGUUCAUAUGUUUUGUUUAUUAGAUUGUAUAGGACUUUUGAUGAAGUAAGGAUGAAUGUGUGUGUUGUCUCAGGUUCUAAUGGUCACAUCGCAUCUAAGACAGAGUCAGACAAGUGGGAGAGGGCAUGUGAAUAUGGAAAAGAGAGGAGAAUGAGGGAUUUUUUGGAAAGUGAAAAGUGAAGAUGAUUCACCCUUAUCUUUUUGGAAGCUGUCCAGGACCAUAUAUAACUUUAAGAAAACUCAGGAAGGUGCCUCCUCUUUCCCUGGAGUGUAGAGGCUGCACAAUGCUCUCCUCUGUUUUUGUUAGGUCAAGAGUUGUUAGUGACUUAACCCCAUGUUGUCACAGCUAUGCUGUUUUGAACCUAGCUAAGCUUUCUUCUCACAGAAAAUAUACUUUUGACAGCCCUGCUCACUGAGUGUAAUGACUGUGUAGUCUGUUGUGUCUUACUUAAACUGGGUCAUUUCCCUUUAAAAUCUGUGGCAAAGUAUGGAUGGGGAGGAUUUACAAUUUCACUAUGUUCAUACUAAUUUGUGUAUUUGUAUUAAUUAAUUAUAUAUAAAUGUAUAGAAAUAUUUGUAAAAACAACAAGGUACUUUUUCCUUACAAUACUCUCUGAAUUGUCAAUUUUACUUAGUUUGUUUUACUAGGUGGAGACAGAUGGAGUGGGAGGAGUCCGAUGUACACUUCCUGAUAUGUGGAUGACAGAUGUCUGAAUAGGUGUUGUUAUGGAUACAGACAGAACACUAGGUGUAUAAGGCCAGUCCAUUGGGUCUUCUGUUGUGAGGAGCAGCACAUUGCUUGUAUGAUAAGCAAAGCCAUGUAUUUAGAGAGCUUGGCCAUGUUAGCGCCUUUAAUCUCAAAAUGUUUUGAUGAGGUAACGACAGAGAGAAACAAGUCUAUACUCUGUUGUGCUGUGAAUAAUAAACAGUGAACACUGUGAACUAGCAUUAAGUAACAGCUACAGAGGAGAAAGUGGUUGGCUCGUGUUUGUACAGUUCCUAGCCAAUCCUCAGGUUUUUAACCCCAUUUUUUUAUCCUGUUAUUUCUAUCAUUUUAUCAAUUCGCUGUUUUCCUUUUUAUUUUAUUAACAUUCUUAACCAUUGGUGAUGCAAUUACAGAUCAGCUCAAAUAUAUGUUCUUUAGGUGACCACAGAGAUACUAAGUGGACUGGAACCUGACAAAGCCCCUGUGGUCUCAGACAGUAAUUUGAAACAUUACUAAUUUCAUGUUAGUCUGUUAUGCAGCAACACCCAAUAAGGCUUCCAGUGUCCACAGUCUCCUAUCAACUCCAUAGGGACUUAAUGGUGAGACUGAUCAGAUUUCAGGUAUUCUCAAUUACAAAAAUGUUGUCUAAUCCAGAAUGUACUUCAGGGGAUUCUUCGUGAUGAACUUCCCAACAGUCAGGCUAAUUUGUGGAUACCAUUCUUAUGUAUCUGCGUGCAGUUAGAAGCAAGUUGCUAACAAGCACCACUGUUACAUAGUUUUAGAGCAGUCAUUGCGCUAUAGCUAGUUAUUAUUAGCUUGCAAAACUACCUCUGACUUCAUUCUUAUUGGAUGUGGAGACUUGAAAUGGUAUCCAUUAGAUCUUCUGACUCUGGGGAAGCAAUGACAAAACCCUGAAAUGUCCCUUAACAACUGUACAUCAACUGUUGUCGGGGUUGUGGGAUUAGUCUGUUAAGAACUCAGGUUAAGGGUCAAGGUCGGGUUGUAUUAAGACAGAACAGUCAGUGGAGGUAUCAAGUGCUCAUAUUAGUGUACUGAGAUUCUGAAUGUUCUUCAUGAUAAACUGCAUAUCCAAGCCAAUCUUUGUACCCAUGUUGAUGCUGAUCAGUUUUUUACUUCUCGCGUGACUUGGGAACAGUCCAACAGUUGUCUUGAUGUUGAUAAUGAUUAUAAUAAAUAAAUAAAUAAUAAUGGUGAUGAUUAUGAUAAUGAUGCAGUAAUAGGAUGUGCAGUUAAGGUUGGGCAGCCCCUUCCUGUCCUCAUAGCCCCUUGUCCCUGAUCCCAGCCCUUGGCUCAAAUUCUAAAAGUCUAUGCAAUGCAGAUGUAUGUGUAAAUAAAUAUCUGCAUAUUUCUGAUAA